AGGAAGAGUUUUUCGCUGUUGUUGUUGUUGUUGUUUGUUGUUGCAUUUUUUGCACUUGCAAAAUUUUGGUUGCAGAGGCAGAGAGAGGAGGCAACGCCACACCGCACCACUCUCACUCUGCAACACCCGAAUCUCGUUUCACCUAAACGACCUCGUUUUUGCGUUCUUUUCCCUUUUCUUCUUCUGAUUUAGGUUUCAGAGAGAAGAAGAAGGAGCAGCAAUGGACUCUCGCACGUAUAAUCCUCGCACCGUCGAAGAGGUUUUUAGGGAUUUCAAGGGCCGAAGAGCUGGUCUCAUCAAAGCCCUAACCACCGAUGUUGAAGAUUUCUACAACCAAUGUGAUCCUGAGAAGGAGAAUUUGUGCUUGUAUGGCUUUCCCAGUGAGCAGUGGGAAGUAAAUUUACCUGCUGAAGAAGUACCACCAGAGCUUCCUGAGCCCGUACUGGGCAUUAACUUUGCUAGGGAUGGCAUGCAAGAAAAAGACUGGCUAUCUUUAGUUGCUGUUCAUAGUGAUGCAUGGUUGCUUGCUAUUGCAUUCUAUUUUGGAGCCAGAUUUGGGUUUGAUAAAGCUGACAGGAAACGGCUUUUCAACAUGAUCAAUGAACUGCCAACAAUAUUUGAAGUUGUUACUGGUGCAGCAAAAAAGCAAGUUAAGGAGAAGUCUUCAGUUUCAAACCACAGUGGCAGCAAGUCUAAGUCCAGCUCUAAGGCACAGCGGGCUCCAGAAUCUCAGAGUAGACAGUCAAAGCCAUUGCAACCAAAAGAUGAGGAUGAAGAACUGGACGAUCAAGAUGAUGAUGAACAUGGAGAGACCUUGUGUGGGGCAUGUGGUGAGCACUAUGGCACUGAUGAAUUCUGGAUUUGCUGUGACAUCUGCGAGAAGUGGUUCCAUGGUAAAUGUGUGAAGAUCACCCCUGCUAGGGCAGAGCAUAUCAAGCAAUACAAGUGCCCAUCUUGCAGUAACAAGAGAGCUCGGCCCUGAUUGACAUGAGCCAAGUUCCAUCAUUGACAAUCAUUGUUGGACCCUGUUAUUCUGCUUUUCUUCCUAGAUGUUGCAGUUAAUGGAUAGUUUCUGUUUGACUUGUGUAGGUUUCUUUUUCUAGUCUGUAGGAUUCUGCUGUGUUGGUUUCGUUAGUAUCAGCUGCAAUUCAGUUGAUGCCUUCUUGGAUUUGAUCAAUUUGUAGUUUAUGCAUUGUUGACUUGGGAAAGUGAAGUCUUUUCCUUAAUGUCACUCUAAAACUAGGUUAAUGAAACAAAUUUAUUUGAAAUGGAUGUCUAGUUAUGUCAUUGUUGCUAGUUU